ACAAUGUAGUCCCUGUCACGGGGGAUGAGCCGAAGAAGGCGAAGGCGGCACUGAAAGCUCAUCAACCUCGUCGGUGUGGUUCAUCCGCCCCACAUAAACCGCAACGAUGCAAGCGAGCCCACCACCCAUCUCCUCCUCCUCCUCAACCUGAGCUUCUCUAACUAACACACCCUCAGACCCCUCGCCUCCCCUUCAAUCUCUCAUCCCCAUCCCACCUCCGACUUCCCAUGGCCGGUUUCCUCUCCACUCUCCGACGGAUCUACCUCUCCCUCUACAACUGGACCGUGUUCGUAGGAUGGUUCCAAGUCCUCUACUUCGCCGUGAAGGCUUUGAGGGAAGGCGGGCCUACCACGGUGUACGGUUUCGUGGAGCGGCCUCUGCAGCUCGCACAGACUGCCGCGGUCAUGGAGAUUCUUCAUGGCCUUGUAGUCAUUUCUUUUGCUGUAGGCUUGGUCAGGUCACCGGUCUCGGCAACUUUGCCACAGAUUGGAUCAAGAUUGUUUUUAACCUGGGGCAUAUUGUGGAGCUUCCCUGAGACGAGGGCACAUAUUCUCGUUAGCUCCUUGGUCAUCAGCUGGUCGAUCACAGAGAUCAUUAGGUACUCUUUUUUCGGAAUGAAAGAGGCAUUUGGCUUUGCACCUUCCUGGUUGUUAUGGCUUAGGUACAGCACUUUUUUGAUACUGUACCCAACUGGAAUCACCAGUGAGGUUGGCCUCUUAUAUGUUGCUUUGCCUUACAUUAAGGCAUCUGAGAAGUACUGCAUUAGGAUGCCCAAUAAAUGGAACUUCUCUUUUGAUUAUUUUUCUGCAUCAAUUCUUGCUCUUGCAAUUUACAUACCAGGAAGUCCACACAUGUACCAGUAUAUGCUUGGGCAGCGCAGGAAGGCUCUCUCCAAGUCAAAGACGGCAUAAGCCCGAUCAAGCAAGGAUGUAAUAGGACUUAUUUUGUUGACUUUUAGUUCCUUGUUGCUGCAAUGUUUCUUUAUGACAACUUGCUAUCUGGAGAGAUGUGGUAGGAAGUGCUGUUGUUCACUCAUUCUCUGUCUCUUUGUAGUGGGCUAGUUUUAUUGUAAGAAACACAUUGUUUUAUGCUAAUGUUAUCUUGUGACCAGUA